AUGUCAUGGCAACUAAACCUGCAUAGGAAAUUUCUUUCAUUUUCACAUUCACAGAAUCUAGGAUUGUCGCUGUCACCGUUCGUGCGGCAUUGGCAGGUGGCUGCGUAUGCGCCGCUGGGCGCUCACCGACACCGACGCGCUGCACCACCCGCGCGCUCGCCCCCUCCACCGCCAGUAAGGCUUUCCUUCCACGCUCAUAACAGAGAGUUUAAGCUGGUGCUAAAGCCUGAUUCCAGCUCUGUUUUCUCGGACGAUGUACAAUUUCAUUCGACGAGUGGUCAGCUGGACUACAAUCCUUCACACGUCUACUCCGGGAAGCUGGAAGGUGACGAAUCCUCUCAUGUCUACGGUGUCAUUACAUCUGAGGGCCUCUUUGACGGUACAAUUUGGACGCCUACAGAAGAAUACUACGUGGAGCCAAUUUCUAGGUAUAACGUUGACCAGCCAUCUAUGCACAGUGUGAUUUACCGAAGAUCGGAUGUCCAGCACCCGCAUGGCACCAGUGAAGGAGCGCCUUGCGCAUCACAUCUUCUCCAUUUGAAGAGAACAUCAGGCCAAGAGGUUGAAUUAUUUAACUUCACUGACCAGCAAAUUGUAAAAACUUCUAAUUUAAAUAAUGUUACGGAAGAUUUACGCAGUGAAUUACACAGACGAAAAAAACGAUGGCUACCCGAAGACGAAAUGCAAGAUGAUGAGCCAAAAACUAACCCCGAUAUACCUUUAGACUUAGACGUUCCUUACACUAGCAACAACGAAGCAACCGAUAAGUUAAGCACUCGAAAACCCAAAACCAAAAUCGAUAAAAGUAACCUCAUAAUUAAAGCGCGACCCGAUUCUGAAGAAUCCAGACCAAAGCCAAAGACUCACGUUGAAGUAAUAAAAACUAAGGCAGGUGUUGUGACUGUUAGCAAGGAUAUAGUUAAGAAAGAACCUAUAGGUUACACAGUGUUGUCUGCAAACGGGACUGACGAUGGAAGACAUGUGAAUAAGAGAGCUACGGUAGAUCCAAGAAAAACCACAUGCCUCGUGUACUUGCAAGCAGAUCACAUGUUCUAUCAACGAUACGGCUCGGAGGAAGCUUGUAUAGAAGUCAUGACACGCCAUGUUCAGAAAGUUAAUGCAAUUUACAAAGUAACAGACUUUAAUCAAGAUGGAAAACCGGACAACAUCACCUUUAUGAUCAAACGCAUAAAAGUUCAUACGUUAGACGCUCUAAAAGAUCCUGCCUACAGGUUUCCCAAUAACUACGGAGUUGAAAAGUACUUGGAACUUUUUUCAGAGGAGGAUUACGAUGCCUUCUGCUUGGCGUACAUGUUCACGUAUCGGGACUUCGAAAUGGGUACAUUGGGCUUGGCAUGGACCGGUGAUCUCAAAAACGCGGGUGGAGUGUGUGAAAAAAAUGGGCAUUAUCGUGGGAGUAUGAAAUCUCUGAACACAGGCAUCGUGACACUACUAAACUACGGAAAGCACGUGCCCCCAGCCGUCUCCCAUGUUACCCUGGCUCACGAAAUUGGUCAUAAUUUUGGAUCACCCCAUGACCCUGAAGUGUGUACACCGUUUGGUGAAGAUGGGAACUACAUCAUGUUUGCCAGAGCCACCAGCGGCGAUAGAAAGAACAACAACAAAUUCUCGCCGUGCUCCCUCAGAGCCAUUGACCCGGUGCUUAACAACAAAGCCAGGUCUCCAAAAGGUUGCUUUACUGAACCUCAACCAGCGAUUUGUGGCAAUGGGGUGGUCGAAGAAGGUGAAGAAUGCGACUGCGGUUGGGCUUCAGAAUGUACUGAUGUUUGCUGUCGGCCACAAGCUUCAAGACCCCACUACAAACCCUGCACACUCACUGAACAUAGUGUAUGCAGCCCAAGUCAGGGUCCAUGUUGCACGGCGUCAUGCACUCUCAAAUUCGGUGAUAAAUGUCGCUCUGAUAAUGGCUGUCGAGAUGCGGCGUUCUGCGACGGCAAGCGAGCUGCGUGCCCUUCAAGCAGACAUAAACCUAACAGGACAAGAUGUGAUAAAGAACUUGUUUGUUAUAUGGGGGAGUGCACCGGUUCAAUAUGCCUUGCCUAUGGUUUGGAAUCCUGUCAAUGUGCUCCGCGAAAGGACGAUCCUCGGUCAGCUUGCGAGUUAUGCUGCCGCAAGCCUGGGGGCCCCUGCUUAUCCUCAUUCGAUUGGAACUCCUCGCCAUAUGAUGUACCCGACAUGUAUGCCAAACCAGGCACGCCAUGCAAUGAUUACAACGGGUACUGCGACGUGUUCCAACGUUGCCGCGAGGUGGACCCGUCAGGCCCCUUGGCAACGCUACGCAAGUUGCUAUUGUCAGAUGAAAGCAUCGCUGGCUUCAAAAGAUUUGUGCUGAAGCACUGGUACGCCGUGGUGCUCAUCUUGCUAGCUGUUAUUGGAUUACUGAUUGCAAGUACACGUUUCCUUGGGCGUCACGGCAAGAAGCUGAAAUCGGUGACAAUAAUCCACUCAUCCACGACAGAAACUGUUCGCUUACCAGAUGCACCUGAUCAGGGCCUAAUCGUUCAUACAGCCGUAAGGUCAAAACUACCUCUUAAGAAGAAAGUGGCUUUAAGAACUCGAGCCUACCGAAACAAAAAAGAUCUUAAAAAGCAAGGGGACAAAGCGUCUCCUGUUCACAGCGCCAAUAAAAAGAGGAAACCAAGUAAUCAAUCAAAAUUGGAAGAAGCUCCGAAAAUAACAAAAGAAAGCACAGCAAUUAUCACAAAUUCAGAAGGAAAAUCACCCAAACAUGUUAUACUUUCGAAACACAAGAGCAAAGUAAAAAAACGAAAAACUAAAAUGAAAAAAGAAACAAUAGAUUACAGUGGAAUGCAAAAGCAUCCUUCUUCACCCGUCAAAGACCCUGAGGCUUUGAGUAAGGUACAAAGAUGGUUAUUGAGCUCGCCACAGCCGACAGCUAUACCCAAAUCGAAAUCGAUUCCCCUAGGACUCACAGAACGAACUCGUAGACAAAUUCAAAAGGGUACAAGAAAAACCAGACCGUCCAAGAGCGCCUCUAACCUUCUGUCCGGUGAAAAGGCUAGACUCCAAGUUGUGUUCAAACCUCCCUUUAGAUUCAGUCUUAAAAUUUGCAAGAGUGAUAAGACAAAGGUCGUACUAGAUAAAUCAUCUAAGCCUGACGUGGAAAGGAAACGACACGAUGUCCCAUCUCAACAGACUUCCGCAGAUGUCACAAAAGAAAAUUCAUCGAGUAAAACAUCAAAGCAAUCUAAUUCCAGAAAUGUAGAAAGCUUACAACCAGUUUCCAGUGCUUCUAAGAUCGAAAAACCGCUGAAUCGUGAAAAGCAAAAUCAUGGUUACGCAAACUUACUCCCUCGAAGUGCCAGUGACUGUAAAUUAACAAAGAUGCCAGAUAUUAAAUUUCGAGGUGGACACAAAAAGAGCAACUCGGUAGGUCAGAGAAAAGGUACGACAGAGAGCCGUCAAAACCUUAUAGCGCAGGAAGAGUUUGACAACGCACAUGUUUAUGAAAAUGUGGUAAUGUCACAAGAAGCCUUCAUUCCUAAGAGCUGUAGUAUGCCCCGCCGUCAGGCUGGUGUUGGCAUAUCUCGGCAAAGCAGCUACGGUCAUUUACCUAGACCCCAAAUCCGCCCACAUAGACAUAGUACAAACAAUAUAAGCAGAUCCAGAAACAACAGUGCUUCUGAGCUAGAACAUUUUUAUAAUGUUAUCGAGUCUCUACGACGCAACAACGUAAAAGAUGUCGACACAUGCAACACUAACACGACCAGUUCGUCCGGCAGUAGUCGACACGACAGCGUAUUACUUCAAAAUAGUUCGAGUUCCUAUCAGGGUGGUAGUAGAACCUCCAGACAAAAUAGUCUAGUCGAUAAACCUACACGCUCGAGCCCGACCGAUUCUUCGAAAGUUAUAAGGCAUUUCAGUGAAGCCGAACUACCUAAAUCGCACGGUGAUAAUGGACUUAGGGGCUUUCAACUAGUCGUUGGGAAGGAGAAAUUAAAAAGACAACUGAGUGAUAAUGAGCUGUGUAAAUCUCGCGUUCAGUUGGCGAUGCCGAUGUCGGCGGGCGCGGAGCCGCGGCAGCCCUUCUGCUGGAACAAGCGCGCCAGCCUCGACUGCGAGGCGUCCCUGGCGGCCGCCCCUCGCGUACCCAACUCCCGCUCCAAGAAACAGACUACAUAUACGUUCGGUGAACUCAAGAACGCCGUCCCCGACUCGACAGAUGCGUCGCCCGCCGAAGACGUCCAAAUUUCCCCCGAGGAGUUCUUGAACAUUAUCGAUAAUUAA